AUGAAGAAGUUCUCCGCACAAUUCCUCACUCUCCUCCUCGUCCUCCUGACCAUCGGAGCCUUUGACUUUCACACGCUGCUCGGGCACAUUCACAGCAGUCAUGGAAGCGUAGAGACCAGCCCUUGGCCCAGUGCAUAUGCUGCACCUGUCUACGCAGCCACAGGGGCCUCAACGACGAGGACGCCCUCCAGGAAGCCUCGAGUCGGCAUUGUUGUCAAGUCCGGAUCAGGCUCUAGCCUCAAGACCAGUACCGCUCCUCUCAACACCAUCACCACUGGUGGUUCGGCCUUCGAGAGUCCCGAUGGUCGAGUGGGGAUGAAGGUGCAGCUCAAGCGGCUCGAACACAAUCAGGACGGUAAUCCGCUCAUGCUCUAUCAGCGACACAUCAAUCGAGCAAACUCGAAGCUUGCAUCGAUCCUAGGCCGGAGCGGGCCUACAUCUGCCGAGAUGCAGCAGGCACUGGAACGACGCAAAACGAGCAUCCUUGCACGUCGCGAGCUGCUGGCCACGCGCGGAAGCCAGCGAGCCAGCAACCCGCGCCAGGGCUACACGACCCACCCCAAGUCCGGCGGAGACAUGCAGCGCCGCUUCCUCUCGAGCAUCAUGGACGACCUCUUCGGGCGCACGGGCCUCGAAGGCGGGUCCAAGGCCAAGUCUACUCUCCAGCAAGUGGCUUCGACAGGUUACUCUGAAGUGGACCUGGUCGCGUCACAGUCGGACAACCUCACGCUUGCCUCGGCGCCGACGGCGGUGCAGAGCUUGGGGCUCGACAUCGAAUCGAACGACAUUGGCUACGUCGCAACGAUCAAGAUUGGCUCGCAGAACCAGACGUUCCGGAUGCUCAUCGAUAGCGGGUCGGCGGACACGUGGGUGCCCAGCACUGGCUGCGGUGCCUGCGGCAGCACACACACCCAGCUCGGCGGCUCGACCUCGGACACGUACAAGUCGCUCUCCACCUCGUUUACCAUCACGUACGGCACAGGCGAUGUCUCGGGCCACCUCGUCACGGACGACGUGGCGAUCGCCGGGCUGGCGCUGACCAAUUACACGUUUGCCGUGACGACGCAGGAGUCGGCCGAUUUCGCAGGCGACACGGUGCCCUUUGACGGGCUCAUGGGUCUUGCUCGCAGCGAGCUGUCCAACGCGGGGCAGCCGACGCCGAUCGAUGCGCUGUAUAACGAAGGCCGGGUGCAGGCGCCUGUGAUGGGGUACCAUUUGGGCCGCGUAGCGGACGGGUACAACGACGGCGAGGUGACGUUUGGCGGUGUGGACCCGGCCAAGUAUACCGGCAACAUUACCGAGAUCGACAACGUGUCGUCCAAGGGGUUUUGGGAGGCGGAUAUCGGCGCUGUUACCGUGGGCGGCAAGGAUCUUGGGCUCAAGGGUAGGACGGCGAUCCUGGACACAGGCACAACGCUGAUCGUAGCCCCGCAGGAGGACGCAGACGCGCUGCACGCCAAGAUCCAGGGCAGCAAGUCGGAUGGCCAAGGCGGCUACACGAUCCCGUGCACCACAACCUCGCAGGUCGCCUUCACGUUCGGCGGCAAGGUCUUCCCCAUCGACACGCGCGACAUGCUCUUCCUGCCCGCAGACUCGAACAACCUCGAGGGCGACUGCGUCAGCUCGGUCUCGGCGGGCAACGUAGGCCAGAACAACGAAUGGCUCGUCGGCGCCACUUUCCUCAAGAACGUCUACUUUGCCACAAACACAAAGGCCAACAAGAUCGGUUUGGCCAAACUCAACACCACCGACACUUCGGCUGCUACCACUAGCAAAAACAACGCCAACUCGACAAUCAUCAGCUCGACUUCCGAGUAG